CUCCUAGCAUCCCAGCCAUGCCAGUGGUGAACGGCGUGAUCACUGUUCUUUCGGCUCCUGAAGGCUAUGUGGUCAACUUCGAUGAUCCCCAGCGACAGGCUGUACCCGAAGCUUACUAUGUAGCUGGAUUCGGCACCCUUCUCAGUGUCUUGCUCAUGGCGCAAAGGCUGUACACGAAAGCCUUCUUGAUCGGUCGGCUGCAGUGGGACGAUGUCUUUCUUCUUUUGGCUUGGUUCACCUCCAUCGCAACGAUUGGAUUGUGCGUUCAUAUGUUCGCAUAUGGGUCGGGAGGUGUCCACGGAUGGGAAAUAUCCAUCGAAAAGUAUAACAUCUACAUGAUAGAUGUCUUUCUCGCGGCCGCCAUCUACACCCUCUGCGGAAGUUUUGCCAAAGUCUCUCUCCUGAUCUUCUACUUCCGACUAUCCCCCCAAAGAUGGUUCAAAAGAGCCGUGUGGAUUUCUCUUGCAAUCAUUGCCGGUUACAGCAUCGGUAUCUUCAUUGCCCUCGUCUUUGCCUGUGACCCAAUCGCGAUGAGCUGGGAUGUGACCAUCACGGAAGGCACAUGCAUCAACCGACCAUCGUUAUACAUUGCGACCGCUGCGGCAAACAUCAUCUCGGACUUGAUACUCUUCGCCCUCCCGCUACCAAUCGUUGUGAAGCUACAGAUUCCACGUCGACAAAAGAUUGGCUUAUUCUUCAUUUUCGCAGUCGGGUCACUUACAGUUGUCACAUCGAUUGUUCGCGUUUCUCUUCUCCCAGCCAUGCUUACGAGCAUGGACCAAAGCUGGGUCAUCUCAUGGGCUAGCUUGUGGAUUAUCGUUGAAGCCAAUCUGGUCGUUAUUUGCGCCUCUCUCCCGACCCUACGCAAAUUCUUCCGACAUGUCGCACCUAAGAUUAUCGGCGAAAGCACAUAUGGCAAGGGAAAGACUGUCGGUGGUACUGGGAGCAAACCCAUGUCGCGAAUGACUAUUGGUGGAACAAAUGGAACGCGAAAUCGAGCCGAAUACUCGCAGUUUGAUCGAGAUAACAACGGCGAAGCAUUUGUGAUGGCUAGCAUGGGACCUAACAAGCCAGUGACUAUCGCCACUGGCAAUAGCGAGAAUGAUCCAACAGAGGAUGAUUCAUCAGAAAAGGCUAUCAUGCGAGGAAACAACAUUGUCCAAACAAAGACAAUCACUGUGGAAUACAGCCCGAAGCAGUGA